GCGUUGACAUUUACUUCACAAGUCUGCUUUCGCACACUUAGUUUUCAGCUGUCGGCUGCCCACUGCGCAUCCGGACAACCACAGCAAGCACGGCACUGCCCCACCCCCGGCAACGCCAAACUCGACUUGCGCGCUGGGCGUUAUCCAGGCACGCCGGGCAGCCAGUAUGCGCGAAGGGCAACCAGAGGAAGCCGACCCUGCCCGCAGCGGCCGCGCUGCCGACACUGCUCUUUCCUCAAGCGGCGGUGCGAGCCGUCAAGCAUCGCCCAGCAGCUGGCGAGGACGAGCGCCGCCAGACGAGCUGCUCAGAAGACGCUCGCGCGUCGGGACGUCCCCGACCACGGCACCAGCCACAGCGCUCGAUGAAGGCUCGACGCAACCGCAUCAACGGCAAGGUUUGUUUCCGCUAUCGCCGGAUGUGCCGUCCACGGCGGAUGCGGACCGAACUGCAUCGUGUCAGAUGACGCUGCGCCAACAUAGCACCAAAGGCCGCAAGAGACAACCAAAAGCUGGCUUCGAACAGACUUUGGCCACGUUUUCGCCCGCUUCCCUGCCGUCACCUGCUUCCCCAUCAGCUCCUGCUUCCCCGCUGUCGCCCACUUCCCUGAUGUCACCCAUUCCUACCUCGUCGGCCAGCUCUCCAUCGUCAACGCGUCCCGGUUAUGGCGCGGGCGCCUUGCUGCACGAGGGACUAGGAGCCCCGGAGCAAGACGCGACAAGUGGCCAGGGAUCACGCAGGAUGGGACGCGCCAAGUACUGGGCACUGCACGGCGCCGACGACAGGGAGGAGAAGAAGCGACCUACGGCGUCUGACAGCAGAGCUGCGGGCUCCGAAAGAACAGAGGCCAGUCACCACCCACCAACCAGGAGCAAGCAGCGGCAGCGGGAAGGUGUCAAGAAUGGUGCCAAGACGGCCCAGGACAUGGGCUUCACUACGAACUGGAGUCGCUUUCGGUCCACGUAUGAGAGCCCUGCAGCUUGUGCCAACCAAGGAUAUGCCACCUGGUUGCAGCAUCUCAUCUCUCAGCUUGAUGCCGUUGAGCAACAGGGGCAGCUCUCGGAGGUGAGCCCGGCGAUGGAUAACGACCUCCUGCACCUCUGGGAAGCCCAGCAUAGCCUCGUCCGCCAAUGGCACCGGCAGAAGCAUAAUCACAAACUCAAAAUUCGCAUCGCGAAGCUUACUCAGCAGGCGGCAGAGUAUGCGCCCCAACUCGCCGACUCAAGCGAGUGCCCGCACUGUGGGAACAUGUCCGCGGACACCUACCACAGGGUGUGGGCAUGCCCCCAAAACUCGGCCUACCCCCUCCCACCGCCCCCAUCCUACCCGAGAGAGCUGGGAGGCUGA